AUGAACGAACUGACGCCUAUCAGACCGGCUGCAAAUCGUCUAAACCCAAUGUCUACAACACCUGGUCUGGGCGCCGGGUUAUAUACCCACCCUGUUUUUAAGCCAGAGGAUUUCAUGGACGACGCAGCCCUCGACAAUGCUUUGUCUGACGACGAGGAUUUUCUGGAGUCAAUGAACCUUGGCGACCAACUUGGGAAGAUUGAGUCUCAGCCGCCACAGGAGGUGCCUCCCAGAGAGGGUCUUUACUCGACACCCCUGAGUUGGGAAAAGCCAGCGCCUGGACUCAGGAUGAACCCCCUUUUUGGAAUGGGCGGCAUGAACGCACCCAUGCUUGACCCUGAGCAACGGCGACUACUGGCAAUAGCUUUGAACACGGGUGGUCGAUCAUCGGCAACCAGUUUGGGCUCCGGCAUGGGGUUUGGUGUUGGUGCGGAUCUAGGUCCCGAGUUUGCGAGCCUCGAAAAUUUCGACGCAAACAUGGCUACAGGUAAUCUGAGCGACAUUGCCAGAGGCUCCGAACAGUCGGCCCUUGACAAGGGCAAGAACAAGGAAAAGGCCUCUGGAAAGGAGGAAGCCCAGUCGUAUCGGCCCCAAGUAUCCCGAACCGCCACCAAUGCUACUAGCAUAUCUGAAAAGUCCAAAGACAAGGCCAAGUCGGGUGACCGAACGGCGCAUAACGACAUUGAGAGGAAGUAUCGUACCAACCUUAAAGACAGAAUUUCAGAGCUUCGCGAUGCAGUCCCAUCCCUUAGGUCAAUACCCGAGGAGGGAGGUGAAGAUGCCGAGGCAGACAGUCAAUCGCAACGUGGUCCUAAAGUCAGCAAGGGCACCGUCCUUACAAAAGCGACUGAGUAUAUACAUUACCUAGAACGAAGGAACAAGGCCAUCAUGCGCGAGCAUCAGGAACUCGCGAGGCGCCUGCAAGCCUUUGAGCAGCUCUUGAGCGCCCAAGCGCGGCAACCUUUCCCGAUGCCCAAUUACAGCAGAACCCUCUUCGACCCUAGAGGUUUCUGUUGA